ACACACACAUACACACACACACACACAAACACACAGACGCACACACACACAGACAGACACACACACACACGGUACCUUGUAUUUUUAUUAGAUUAAUUUACACACUGCUAUAACACACAUUACACACAUCUAACAUGAUAAAGCUACUUCAGUGUAUAUUAUAUCACUGCAGAUCUGUUGCUCCUUAGCAGUUAAACAUGGGAAGAUUUUACUCAGUAAAAGUGUUUUUAAGGAAAUAAAGUGUCUAAGUUCCUGGUUUUGUUUCUCUGUUAAAUCAUUAUUUAAUUAUUCAAAUGUUUUCAUGUCUGAAUAUUUACAUUUUUUAUGGAUUUUCACACUUGAAUCAUUAACUUUGUCUUUUUAGAAAUGUGUUCUUUAAUUCUUUAUGUGAAUCUAAACAAGCUGCAGGUUUCAGGUUUUAUUUCUCAGUUCUGUUGCAAGUGCCUUACGUGAGCAUCACUGACGCCAUCAUUUUAUUUACUGGCUGUUUGAGACAAACAUAAAAAUAAAUAUUUAAAUAAAUAUCCAGUAAAGUUAGAUUUCUUUAGUUAGAGCAGGAAACACAGCAUGUCGUAAUUAAGGAACUCAAGAUGUUCAAAUGGUGCUGAUGUGAAUUAAAAGAUUUGACUCGACUCUUUGUGCCAGUUAUUAUUAAAGCUGUGUUUAAACGGAUCCCUGAUGCUUUACUCACUGUUGUAUUGAUUACGUUCCGGUCAGUGAUCAGUUUAAUGUUGGUUUUAAUUCUAAUUUAAACUCACUUGUGUAUUUCGACUCCUUUUGACACCUAAUUUGUAAUAUUUAAUUUACACACAGCUUUAACAUUUAGUGUGUCCUGUUACUGGCUCAAAUCUUAUACAAAAGUCUCUCUCUCUCUCUCUCUCUCUCUCUCUCUCUCUCUCUCACACACACACACACACAUACACACACACACACACAGGAAAACUGUAUUCUGCUUGGUUGUCAUGGUGAUUAAUUGACUGUUAACCAUUUUAUCCUAGAGGAGUGUUGCUCUGUGUGUGUGUGUGUGUGUGUGUGUGUGUGUGUGUGUGUGUGUGUGUGUGUGUGUGUGUGUGUGUGUGUGUGUGUGUGUGUGUUUAUAAGAUCUCAGUAAGUCCUCUUUAAUCCUCACUUUCCUCACUUUGUGUGACCCUCAGGAGAUUCAUGAAUGGAACAAUUUAAUGGCUAACUGUUUAUUGUCCUGUGGGAUGUUUAACAACGUCAUCACGUUCAGUCCCGUGUGUGUGUUUUUGUCUAUAAAACCUCACUUUCUCCCUCAGAUUCAGUUGUUUAUUUGAUAGUUGAGUGUGUUUGAGAUGGAUAUGAGUGUGUGGUCUGUGGUGUUUGCCGUGUUUCUGGUGGUUGUCGGGGAGACACAUGGACAGACAGAUGGAGACACGGCCCUGGACUUUGAGGAAAACAUGACAGAGACUUUGGUGAACAACCAGCAGCUCAGUGGUGUUACUGAUGAUCGCCUUCUGAAGAUGGUGUUGAGUUUGUUUCUACACAACCUACAGAGACAGUCACGAGAGCCAUCAGUGUUACACCACCCUCUACGGUUUGGACGUGGUUCACACACUGAUGUUCGCACUGAUGAGAGAAUUCAGUCUCGGGACUGGGACGGUGUUCCUCAACAGAUCUGGAGCCUCGCUGUGCCACAGAGAUUUGGCAAAAAGUAGCUUUUAAACACACACACGCACACGCACACGCACACGCACACACACACACACACACACGCACACGCACACACACACAUUUUCUGAAUAAUCAAAUUAAUCAUACAGUACUAUGAGAAUUAUUCAAUAGUCUGUGUUCAGAUGUUGAUUUAAGUUAUUUGUGAUAUUAAUUAUAGUAAUAAAUGAUUAUUAACUCUAAUGUCUUGUUGUUAAUGUAUUGACUUGUGUGUUUUAAUGACAGUAAAGU